GUGUCGAUGAGUGUUGCCGUCCUGGUGGCCUCCAGUUGUGCUGAGCCUGAAGUGAGUUCCUUCUCCACUUCCACGACCGCAGGUGGAGGCUUUGGGCUCUCCAGCCCGAGCAUCGGAAGAGGCUUCGGCUCAUUUGGUGAAGGAACGCGCCACGGUUCCUUUGGAGGUGUUGGUGGAGGCUACGGUUCCGGAAGCGGCGUCACAAGUCAUUCCAUUUUCAACCUUGGAGCGCCCCAGGGUGGAUCCGGAGGCAGCUUUGGACAUGGAGGAUCCUCUAGCCUAGGUUUCGGUAGCAGCUCUCUUGGUGGUUAUGGUGGCAGCUCCUUUGGUGGAGGUUUCGGUGGAAAUUCCUUUGGUCGAGGAUUUGGUGGCAGCUCUCUUGGCGUUAGUUACGGUGUCAGCUCCCUGGGUGGUUUUGGUGGCAGGUCCCUCAGCAGUGGCUACGGUGGCAGCUCACUUGGUGGAGGAUUCGGUGGCAGGUCCCUGGGUGGUUUUGGUGGUAACUCAUUUGGUGGAAGAUUCGGUGGUGGCUCUACUGGCAGCAUCGGGGCAUCAUAUGGGAAAUAAAUAUAAGAACUGAACGAGCAUGAAACUGUAACAAGUUAUGGAAUUCUUUCAAAUUGUAUUUAUAUUUUUCUAGCACUCCAAACUCAACUUUCCGGCACUCAGAAUUCAACAUUCCAGCACUCAAAAGUCAAUAUUCCUGCACUCAGACGUCAACAUUGCAGCACUCACAGGUCAACAUUCCAAUAUUCAGAAUUAAAAAUUCCAGCACUCAGAAGUCAACUUUCAAGCACUCAGAAGUAAACAUUCGAAUGAAAUCAUCUGCAAUUAAAAAUUUAGUUAAAUUACUUCAUGAGGCCAUAAAUCUCAGAAGGUUUGAAAGAGACAUCAAUAUAUAAACAGUAUCUCAAUAUGCUUUAUAUGUUAUUCACAAACUGUUUUGUAUAAAAUUGUCUAUAUUUGAGCACAAAAUAUGAUAUUAUGAUGAAAACAAAUAAAUAGAACUAUAUUGAA